GCAAGCUUUUCGUGUUGCGCAUGCGCGAUGUCACUAAGGAGCUCCAGCAUGGCCGACUCUGAGCAUCUAGGCUUUGAACACAUGGGUCUUGACCCGCGGCUGCUGCAGGCCGUCACCGACCUGGGCUGGUCACGGCCCACACUGAUCCAGGAAAAGGCCAUCCCGCUGGCCCUGGAGGGGAAGGACCUCCUGGCUCGGGCCCGCACUGGCUCUGGGAAGACGGCUGCCUAUGCCAUUCCGAUGCUGCAGCUGCUGCUCCACAGGAAGGCGUCGGGCCCCGCAGUGGAGCAGGCUGUGCGCGGCCUUGUCCUCGUGCCUACCAAGGAACUGGCUCGGCAGGCCCAGUCCAUGAUUCAGCAGCUGGCUGCCUACUGUGCCCGAGACAUCCGGGUGGCCAAUGUCUCAGCCACAGAAGACUCAGCCUCUCAAAGAGCUGUGCUGAUGGAGAAGCCCGACAUAGUGGUGGGGACCCCUUCUCGCAUAGUAAACCAUGUGCAACAAGGUAGCUUGAAGCUGCAGGACUCCCUAGAGCUGCUGGUGAUGGAUGAGGCUGAUCUUCUUUUCUCCUUUGGCUUCGAGGAAGAGCUCAAGAGUCUUCUCUGUCACUUGCCCCGGAUUUAUCAGGCUUUUCUGAUGUCAGCUACUUUUAAUGAAGAUGUACAGACACUCAAGGAGCUGGUGCUGCAUAACCCGGUCACUCUCAAGUUGCAAGAGUCCCAGCUGCCAGGGCCAGAGCAGUUACAGCAGUUUCAGGUGGUCUGUGACACAGAGGAAGACAAAUUUUUGUUGCUGUAUGCCCUGCUCAAGCUCUCGUUGAUUCGGGGCAAGUCCCUGCUCUUCGUGAACACUCUGGAGCGGAGUUACCGGCUGCGCCUGUUCCUGGAGCAGUUCAGCAUCCCUGCCUGCGUGCUCAAUGGGGAGCUCCCCCUGCGCUCUAGGUGCCACAUCAUCUCACAGUUCAACCAAGGCUUCUACGACUGUGUCAUAGCAACUGAUGCUGAAGUCCUCGGGGCCCCAGUCAAAGGCAAGCGUCGGGGCACAGGGCCCAAGGGGGACAGGGCCUCUGACCCAGAAGCAGGUGUGGCUCGAGGUAUAGACUUCCACCACGUGUCUGCUGUGCUCAACUUUGACCUCCCCCCCAGCCCUGAGGCCUACAUCCACCGUGCUGGCAGAACGGCGCGUGCCAAUAACCCAGGUGUAGUCUUGACCUUCGUGCUGCUGACAGAGCAGUCCCAGCUGGGCAAGAUUGAGGAGCUUCUCGGUGGAGAGACUGGGGCCCCUGCUCUGCUCCCCUACCAGUUCCGCAUGGAGGAGAUCGAGGGCUUCCGCUACCGCUGCAGGGACGCCAUGCGCUCCGUGACUAAGCAGGCCAUCCGAGAGGCGAGGCUGAAGGAGAUCAAGGAAGAGCUUCUGCACUCGGAGAAGCUGAAGACGUACUUUGAAGACAACCCCAGGGAUCUCCAGCUGCUGCGGCAUGACCUGCCCUUGCACCCCGCUGUGGUGAAGCCUCACCUGGGCCACGUCCCUGACUACCUGGUCCCUCCUGCUCUUCGUGGCCUGGUUCGCCCUCACAAGAAGCGGAAGAAGGUGUCCUCUAAGAAGGUCAAGAAGGCAAAGGCCCAGAACCCACUGCGCAGCUUUAGGCACAGAGGAGAGAAGCACAGACCCACGAUGGGGCCCUCCUGAGUCUGUCCAGGCAGUCUGUGUGUCUUCCGGGGCUCCCAGGGCCAAGCAUGGUGGGAAGUGGACAUUCCCUUGGACAGACUGGAUUCCUGCCCUGGAGGGACACCCUGGGUCCUGGGCAGGCGGACUGUGGCCUCUAGGCCCGUGGCACUGCCAGGCCAGCGUUUGUGCCUUACAGACAAUAAAGGUUCUUGCUGCCUUG